UUCUCUGUGCUCUGCACUAUGAAGGAAUUACCCAUCCUGGUGCUGCUGUACUCAGCGGUGUUGCUAAGUAGCGCUGCUCCAGUUUUGGAGCCUGUAACAUGUAGCGAAGAUAGUCGUGCUGCAAUGGCACGUCUGGCAAUGUUUCACAUCAACGAGCACCAUGACCACGGCUACAAGUUCAAACUCAAUGAGAUCCAAGGCAACAAAGUGGAAAAGGCUGACAAUGGCUGUAACGUUGAGUUGCUGUUGGACCUUCUGGAGACAAAAUGCCAUGUUGUUAACCCUCAACACUUUGAGGAUUGUGAGCUCCGUAGAGUGGAUGAGCGGGAGGUGAUGGCCAACUGCACCGUAAUGAUGACUGUAAAAAAUAGUGAUGCCAAAGUCACCAAAUAUGACUGUGACACGCGACAAGGUGGGCUUCACUCCUGUUACGUAUCUAACCCUAUAGUUUAG